AAUGGAGUAUGGCCGAAGAAACAAGACGGCUUUCAGGAUUCAAGUAGAGAAAGUGUACGAGGUGAUCGCGAAAGAGUCUGGGCUCAAUGAUCUGGAGAGCAAGCACUUGGCUAAGAGAGCUAAGCACAGCCACAAUGACACUGGUGACAGCAGCAGCAGCUCGGAGGAGUCCUCUGACAGUGAUGACCACAUUCUGGAGAACACUCCCACCAACCACAUGAACAGCUCUCUCACAUCCCUCUACCGGAAGGGACAGCCCGACUCCAGCGCCUGCUCCUCACCCAGGAGAGAUCAGCUUGCUGCCAGCAGUCCUGCCACCGUAGCCAACCCCCCUCCUAAUGCAGGGACGCUGGUUUCCACAGGAGGCUGGUUCAUUGAUAGAGGCAGAGGCCCCGAGAAGAGCAACAUCCUCAUCGACCUGUGUGAAGAGGAGCCAACUAACACAGCAACAAAUACAGAUGUUUCCAUGCUGGAGCCUGAGAAAUCUCACAAAAAGUCCAAAAAAAGGACAAAGAUCUCCAAGGAAACUACUGAGUCACGCACACUGACCAAGAAAGCUAAGUCAAAGUCUCCAGAGCUGCAGUAUCCCUCUCUGAAGUUUGAAGAUGUGGGAGGUAAUGAAGAGACGUUAACGGAGGUGUGUAAGCUGCUGAUCCACCUUCGUCACCCAGAGGUAUACCAGCAGCUGGGGAUGGUUCCUCCGAGGGGCUUUCUCCUCCACGGACCCCCUGGCUGUGGAAAGACCCUGCUGGCCCAGGCUGUGGCCGGGGAGCUGCAGCUGCCCAUGUUGAAGGUGUCCGCUCCGGAGCUGGUGUCUGGAGUGUCCGGGGAGUCUGAACAGAAGCUCAGAGAGCUGUUUGACCUGGCUUUGAGCUCCGCCCCAUGUAUCCUGUUUAUAGACGAGAUAGACGCCAUCACCCCUAAGAGAGAGGUGGCCUCUAAAGACAUGGAGAGGAGGAUUGUAGCCCAGCUGCUAACAUGCAUGGACGACUUGAACAGUCUGACAGUGACAGCACAGGUCCUGGUCAUCGGUGCCACCAACAGGCCAGACUCCCUGGACCCCGCCCUCCGCAGAGCGGGACGCUUCGACAGAGAGAUCUGCCUGGGUAUUCCUGAUGAAGCAGCUCGUCUCAGGAUCUUGAAGACAUUGUGUCGGAAGCUGAAGCUGCCGGAGAACUUCGAAUACCAGCAGCUGGCCCGCCUCACCCCAGGCUAUGUGGGCGCAGACCUCAUGGCUCUGUGCCGCGAAGCUGCCAUGAGUGCCGUCAACAGGGUUCUGCUGGAGAUAAGAGGAUGGCCGCAGAGCCACCGCCAGACCUCCACUGAAGAACCGUUAACAGGCGGAGUCCAGACUGAGCCUGCUGCAACAGAUGAUGAGGUCAGAGAGCAACAGACUGCAGACAUCAUGAACCCAGUACCUCAGGAAGAGUCGGGACAGAACCACCAGCAGCAGGGGGAGCUGUGGCACCUGUUGCACCUGCUGAAGAACACUGAGAGUCUGUCAGAGGAAGAGUUGGCCGGCCUGUCCAUCCUCAUGUCAGACUUCCAGGCCUCUUUGGCCAGUGUCCAGCCCUCGGCCAAGAGGGAGGGCUUCGCCACCGUGCCUGAUGUCACGUGGGAGGAUGUGGGAGCGCUGCAGGACAUCAGAGAGGAGCUCACCAUGGCCAUACUGGCUCCAGUGCGUUCUCCAGAGCAGUUCAGAGCUCUGGGGCUCAGUGCUCCGUCUGGUGUGCUGCUGGCUGGACCUCCAGGAUGUGGAAAAACACUGCUGGCUAAGGCAGUGGCCAAUGAGUCAGGCCUCAACUUCAUCUCUGUCAAGGGUCCAGAGCUGCUCAACAUGUAUGUGGGAGAGAGUGAGCGGGCGGUCAGACAGGUCUUCCAGAGAGGACGCAGCUCCGCUCCUUGUGUCAUCUUCUUUGAUGAGAUCGAUGCUCUGUGUCCUCGCCGAUCAGGCCACGAGUCAGGAGCCAGCGUCCGCGUGGUCAACCAGCUGCUCACAGAGAUGGACGGCUUGGAGACUCGACGGCAGGUCUUCAUCAUGGCCGCCACCAACAGACCAGAUAUCAUCGAUCCCGCCAUACUCAGGCCAGGUCGUCUAGAUAAAACCUUGUAUGUAGGUCUGCCACCUCCAGCAGACCGCCACGCCAUCCUGCUCACCAUCACAAAGGGGGGCAGCAAACCUCAGCUGGAGCAGGAUGUCUGUCUUGAAGAGAUCGCCUUCGACGAGCGCUGCGAUUGCUUCACGGGUGCUGACCUGACUGCGUUAGUGAGGGAAGCAUCUGUUAAUGCCCUGAGGGCCUACCUGAAGUCCCAGCAUUCCUCAGCAGCUUAUUCUGGUCACACGUACUCCUCCGGUCCUGUUGCUGACAUCAGAGUGAGCAAACAGAACUUCGAAGAUGCCUUCAAGAAAGUCCGUCCAUCUGUGUCCAAAAAGGACCAGAGGACGUACGAGCAGCUCCGAGAGUCCCUCAGCAGGUAGACCGGACCUGGCAACAUCACCAGCCAGCAGCUCGCCAUUCACACCCACCUCAGUUAUCAGUGAAUAAUUGUAUAUGCUGUAUGUAUACACAUUGUAUUAUGAUACUGAUUCCUGCUUUUAUAAUAAAAGUAGAAA